UCCAAUCGUUAGGUUGCGCGAAGGCUGCAGUUUCAGUUUGUUUUAUUCACCAUUUUGAGUAGCUGAAGGUAAAAAUUUAAACUAAAUACCUUCGUAGAGCAGGAAUAUCUCCCGCAUUGUUUGAUUUUUACCACAGGGAGAGGGCGUUGGUUUUGCGACGUCACCUCUUGUGUUUUAAAACAGCACAUUUUGUUUGCAUUUUCCCUGCUUUUCUUUUGCUCUUUCACAAUUUUUAACCUCUACAGUAUUCCUGCAAAAUGGCAAGACCAGUGAGGAACAGAAAGGUGGUGAAUUACUCCCAGUUUAAUGAAUCCGACGAUGCAGAUGAGGAUUAUGGGAGAGACAAGGAAACAACUAAGAAGAUACGUGCUCCACCCCGUGAAAUCAAGAACAAGAAGACUAAGAAUUCACAGGAAGAGAGCGAGGAUUCAGAUGACAAACUGUCCAAAUCCAAAAAUGACUCCGCAGAUGACUUCGGUAGUGAUGAAGACAACGACUUGGGAGAGGAAGGGGAAGAGGAAGAUGGAGGAAGUGACUAUGAUGAGAAAAAGGCCAAAAAGGGAAAGAAAGCUAAGGUGGAGAAGCCAGGCAAAAAGUCACUGAAGAGGAAACGAGGUGGAGAUGAUAGUGAUGAUGAUAAAGAGGUGAGCAGGAAACCGAGGCAGGUGAGGCAGGCGGCGUCAAAGGCCGUGUCCAAACAGAGAGAAAUCCUUCUGGGAGACGGUGGCAGUGAGGAUGAGGAGAAAGAUGAGGAAGAACAGGCAUUCCUGGACCAGGAGUCUGGCAGUGAUGAAGACUUCAUGGUUGAUGAUGAUGAUGACAGUGACUAUGGGCACUCCAAAAAGAAAGGCAAAAAAGUGGUGCCGAAAGGAGGAAGGAGAGUUGAGAAGAAGGACAAGAAAUCCCCUAAACCCCGGCUAAAGGCCACAGUGAACCCCAGCCCCAUGAAGGGGAAAGGGAAAGGUCGCCCAAGUGCAGCUAAAGCACUGGAGAAGUCCUCACCUAAAGAUGACGAGGAACCCGAGAGCCCCCUUGAAGACGAGGAGGAAGAUGAGGUGGAGAAGAAAGAGUCUCCUCCCACCAAAAAGACAAAGGAUGAUGCCCCCGAAGAUGAGGAAGACGAGGAGGAAGAGGACGGCUCAGAAGAGGAGGCUCCAUCCGGGGAAGACUAGCCAUGUUAUUAACGGCGUCCCUUUCUUCUCUUUCCCUUUACACUCUUUCCUUAUCUGCAUUUUUUGGGGUGGGGUGGGGGGUGGGAGAGGGGUUGGGCUUGUUUGCUUUUCAGAUUUUUUCAUUGUCUGUUGUGGCCUGGCUCAACGGUUUGAACUCUUUUUAUUUCCCCCUUCCUUUUUUUUUUUUUUUUGCCUAUAAAUUCCAUAUCGCAAAGGACAUUUUCCCAGAACUUGUUAGCGUAUAUAUCUAUAUAUAUUAUUGAGUAAAAUGUGUCUGAGUCUGUUUAUUUAUGGGUAUAUAAUCUCGAGGGAAGCCCAUCGUUCCAACCAGUAGCGUCUCUGCUCGCCCAGGGUAAUCACAUGACCGUAUUCUCAACAAAAAAAAAAAAAAUUGCUUCAGCGCUCGUUCAUUUCGGUAACAUGUAUAAAGCUUAUUGCCUACUCUGCAUUGUUGCGGCCGAUGUUCCUCAUCCAUUCUGUGUAAAAUGUUCGUAAAACCAUUCUAGCGCAAAUGUACUCCUUUCACACCGCGCAAACAAAACAAGUAUUAGUGUAAAUCUGUAAUGGCUUAUUGGAGUGUAAAUGCAAUUGUCGCAGCGAAAUUUGCGCAAGAUUGGUUUUACGAACAAUUUUUGCUUGCGUUUAACAAACGUCGCAUUCGAUUUGCGUAUGAACGUAUGAAUAGUUUCGCAAAGUUCUGAAACCGUCUUUAAUUAAGGUCCAAUGCGUUUGUUGUGUAGUGAUACCUCUCUAGAAAGCCAUUCGUUAGGAAAGUUUUGCGAUCCGUUAUAGUUCACGCCGUUUGUUUGGAUACUAGCGGCUCUGCUUAUCUGAGGAUUCGUUUUGUAUUUAUUAAACAUGCUUGGAUCAUCAGCGGAAGAUGGAGAAAUUUUGACAUCUAAUGCUCGUGGUUUGAGAAUUACAUUUGUCGUGGUACACUUUUAACCAGGGUUUGCUAUUCAAUUUUCAGUUUUACCUUUUAAAUAAACAGUCUCAAUUUGUGUAGUUUGAACCAUAAUGCAGUUACUGUUUUAGUCAAAUUCUGCGACAUUAUCACAGAAAAUAAUUUCAAUGUGUACCUCAGUUUGUUGUGUACUUACAAUGGCGAGUGUCUGAUGUUUGCCCCAUUGUAAGUUCACUUCUUGGUGUGUUUUUUGUUGUUGUUUUGUUUUUGUUUUUUUGCAAACUGAGGUAUGAUGCCAUCCAUCAAGCUAAACGCAUUUUGAACCUGGAAUAUUUCUUCAAGAAUCAUGCUCAUUUCGCUCUGAUUUUUUUUCAUUUGCCUUUGCUUUUUUUCUUCUCAUCCACCAGAUCAUCUCAUAUUAAGGCUGCAGUAUGAAUGCUUUCAUCUCUUUUCUCAAAAGAGGUUCGCUGAGAUCGGGCCUUAAAAUGGUUAAUUGCACAGGAAAUGUGAAUCUGAUGUCUUUCUGCCUUACCAAGCCUGUUUUUCAAAAUCUUGUACCGCAAAGCUAAAUGUUCAGAAACUGGGUAUCUUUGACUCGUGCCCGUUUCGCCCAGAGAUUGUAUUGCUCAAUGUUGGGGAUCUCUUCAACCAAGCUAAUAAUGUUUUAAAAAGGUCAAAUAUUGUUAUUCUUCAGCCCUGGAUCAGAUGUGUUUGUGAUGUCAUGACACAGAGAGGCAUAUUUGCACUGUGAGGAUUGAGAAGAAUUGUACUAUUCAUACCUUAUGUGUGUUUGCUCAUUGAAUAUGUAUUUCUGUUGCUGCUUGUUUUUAAUUCCAGACACAUAUGAUGUAUAUCCCAUGAUGCAUUUCGAGGGGCUUUUCUGUCUACAAGUGCAUAAAUGGCAUUCUGACAUGGUUCGAUCCUUUCUGCCAGGCAUCUCUGAAUAUUUUCCACUCGUGCUGUCUAUGAAUUGGUUUUUAACCUAGCUGUCCAAAAACGUAUGAAUGUUUUUUUUUUUUGUGCUUGAUUUUAUUUUAAACUGGUUUCUUUUGUUUCAUUUUUCCUCCUCAGAUUUUUUUUGUAUUGUUUGUUUUUUUAAGAAAAGAAAUAAAAUGUAUCUUCAUUUUAA